AUGGGGUUUACCCUCGGCUUUGGACUGCUUACAGUAUGGGAAGCUUGGAAGCAGACAAGACGAAACCGAAACCCCCUACGAAGCACAUACAUCUACAUGCUCUGGGGAGAGAUCGCAGCCAACCUCGUCAUCACGGUUAUCGGAUGGGUUUUCCUGGACGGACUUAUCGGACCGACUGUACCGGUCCUUUUCUUCAUUCUCUUCUGUUGGGUCUUCGAGGUCCAAUUGCUUAUGCAAAUUAUCGUCAACCGAAUCUCUAUCAUUGCCGAACAUCGAUCUACCGUCUUUAAGUUAAAAUGGGGCACCGCAACCAUCAUUACUCUCGUCAACAUCGCCGUCUUUGUUAUUUGGAUCCCAUCGCACACCGUCCCUCCAGUGAGCGAGACAUUCGUUAAAGUCAACGCAGUCUGGGAUCGUAUGUCCAAGGUCAUCAUUCUGCUGGUCGACGCUGGACUCAACUGGUACUUCCUCCGAACAGUCAAGAAGCGACUGGUUGAACAACAUAACUUGAAGAAGUACGAGCCCCUUGUUGGCUUCAACGCCAAGCUCAUGGUAGUCUCCAUUCUUAUGGAUGGCAUGCUCAUCGGUCUUAUGUCGCUCCCAAACCAAGUAGUAUUUAUCCAGUUCCACCCCGUCGCCUACAUGGUUAAGCUCAACAUCGAAAUGUCCAUGGCCAAGCUCAUCACCCGUCUAGCCAAGGGCGAGAACUCAGACGACUACUACCCAUCUCUGUCACAUUCUGGCCACGGCAGAAGCACCAACCGACUUGAAGAUGCACCAUGGACAAACGGGGUGAACAAUGUCCAGCUUACCCACCGUUCCAAGGUAGUUGCCGGUGACUCAGACGACGAUCUCCCUGGAAUGCCCCGAAACCACAACGGUCCUGGUAUCCAUCAGCGAACAGAGUUCCAAGUGACAGUGGAGAAUGGCUCCAAACAUGAUCACUACAAGGGAGGAUCAGAUACUGAUGAGAUGCCCUUGACCUCCCAUACAGGACAUCCUAAACAGGUGAUUAUUGAGGAGGAGAGCCGAAACACUUCUUUGUCAAGCUUUAGGCAAUCAUAA